CUGGGAAUUUUAUUCUCGAAGGUCGGGAGGGAGAGGUCAUCGUUUGCCUCUGCAUCCCUGACCCUCACUCCACCUUUGACCCUGCCGCUCCUCUUCCCUGCUCCGCCGUCAUCACCGAACGCCAGUCCGUGUCCUCUCCCUCUCCCUCUCCUUCUCUUGUUUCAGAUUGUACUUUGGUGCAAUGACUGGUGGUGGUUCCAAGUUUCUCAUGUUGCUGAGCGCGCCUUCCUCUUCUUCCUCCUCCGCCUCCUCCGCCUCUUCCAACCUCAGGCUCCUCUCUCCUCUCCUCUCCUUCUCCUAUUCCUCCCAUUGCCGUUGCUAUUCUUCCUCCCCCUCCUCAAUCAGACUCUCUAGCCUCCCUCGCCGCCAGGGUGGAUCCUGUUUUAGGCCCUUCAGUCUCUUCUUCGCCACUCCCCCUUCCUCUUUCUUGUUUUGUCAUCCUGUUCGUUCUCCCUUCUCCUCAGCACGGGCGUUGUCCGACGGCUUUUAUAGCCACUCUGUCCUAAAGGACCACAAAGGUGGUGAGAAGCCAGGGAGCUUGAGUGGUCUCGGGCCAUCUUCCAAUACGCCGUGGCCAGAAUGGGCAAAGCUGCUGGACUGUUUGAGAGCCAGAGGUUAUCUGGAUCCUUCGUCUGGUCUUAACUUAACUGAACAUGAAGAUGAUGUUAUCUCGAACGCCGAGCAGCUUCCUGGAGAUUUUGUUGCGGCUGCUCGUGCCUGUCUCUCGUUUGCUAAAGACCAUCCCGAUGUUUUGGGGUCAAGUUGCCUGUCACUUUCCAAGCAGGAUAUUGGUAUUGUUGUUGGAAGUGCAUCAUCCCUGUUGUUUAAGAAUAUUGUAAACUCAACUAGGCGGGUUCACACUUUCUUAGAUGAUGGUGUCUUCCAUCAUGGAAAGGCUCAUACAGUUGAUGUCAUGCGUUUGUUAUUGAGUCAUAUCUGUGAUUCCUUUUUUGCUUUAGGACAAGAUAAUUUACAGGGGAGAGAAAUUAUCAAUGCUUCUGUGAGGAAGCUCCUCUGCGAAUUGGUUGAACUGUGGUUCAUGGACUGCAGACUGCCAGACUCAACACAGGGACAGUUUCUUUCCACCAGUGGGCAAUCAUCAGGACCUUCUGGCCAAAACAUUUUAAUGAAACGGGGUGAUUGGAUAUGCACCAAGUGCCAGUUCAUGAACUUUGCCAGGAACGCAAGAUGCCGGCAAUGUGCUGAGAGUCGGCCAAGGAGACAGCUAACUGGAAGAGAGUGGGAAUGCCCUCAGUGCGAUUUUUACAACUAUGGAAGAAAUUCUGUCUGCCUGAGGUGUGACUGCAAGCGGCCAGUAGACCCUUUAUUGAGUACCACACCCAAGUGUGAUCUGGAUUCUGAACAUUCUGAGAAGUCUGAGUUGGAAUCUAGGAUUUCUGAGAAUGAUGUGAAAGCACAGAGGUGGUUUAGUAAGGUUUCACAACUGAAUGAUGCUUCAGAUUUUAGUAGUGCAGUUGCUGAUGAUGAUUUCCCUGAGAUCAUGCCUUUGAGGAAAGGGGUGAACAGGUUUGUGGUUAGCACUAGAAAAACACCACUUGAAAGAAGGCUGGCAGAUGCUCAAUACAGGAGGAACCUGGGUAAUGGUGGCUUUGCUGAAGAAAACAGACAUCAGAAUGAUGGGUCUGUGGGGAAAAUCCUGGACAAAAUUCUUGGACCAUCCUCUCCAUCGCCAUCACCAUUUGAAUCCAGGAGUAGGUUGGCUGAGGUGGGAAAUGAUUCUGGGCAUAUUCCCUUUACACCUCUUCCUAACGAACCAAUGAAUGCUUCUCCUAAGUCUAACUUGGAAGUAGCUGAUCAAAACAGAGCUGACAUUCCAGUUGGUGGGAUAGAUGAUGUUUCUGCCCGUGGAAAUGUGGGAGCUAGAGGUCACUCUGAUGCAUCAUCUGGAUCAGGGGAACUGUCUGGAAAGGUUGAGUCUGAGUCAUCUGAUCCAUCGGAGAGGUGGUUCAAGAAAGUUGCCGAGCUGCAUGAUGUUACCGACUUGGCCAGUGCAAUUCCAGAUGAUGAAUUUCCAGAGAUAAUGCCACUUAGGAAAGGGGAGAACCGUUUUGUUAUUAGUAAGAAAAAGGAUCGUUCAUUGACAUCCCCACAGUACAAACGGCGGAUUGCAAUGGAGCAAGCCAACAACUCUAACUUUGUUCCAUUUGUUCCAUUUCCACCAGACUAUUUUGCUAAGAAGGACAAGGCUGUAAGUGAAGCAUCAAAUAGCAGCAGCACAGAUGUGGGUGGAAAUUCUUCCAGUUCUAGUAUGUCUGUCAAUAUCGAGAAAGUUAUGCCAAAAGACCAACGAGGCCUAACAACGCAGGGCAAUGUCUCUGAGACUAAUGGAUCCACAGAGACAAUUUUGGACGGUUCAUCUAUGAAUCAAGUACAACGUGGGCAAAAUGGAAGUUCACAGAUCAAGCAAACUCAGAAUUCAAUUGGCAAUGCUCAUGAAAAUGGGAAGAAAGGUUUGUUCGCAGGAAAGAGUUUGGAAGGUUCUGCAGUGAAGGAACCUGAUCCGUUGGACAUGUCUGAGGAAGCCAAGGCUGAGAGGUGGUUCAGAAGAGUUGCUCAGAUUAAAGAUAUUUCUGAACUGAGUAAGAUACCUGAUGAAGACUUUCCUGAAAUCAUGCCAAUGAGGAAAGGUGUGAACAGAUUUGUCGUGAGCAAGAGGAAGACUCCACUGGAAAGACGGCUGACAUCACCUCAGUACCGGCGGAAUUUACCUGUGGUUAGCUCCGACCCUGAGAAAGGCACAAGCUGAGAACAGUUGAUAUCGUUGUGGUUGUUAUUAUUUGUUGAUGAUAGAUUUUGUACUGAAGCUGCUAAGGAACUAAUUAAAGUGAGACCUCUAUUAUUCUGGUUGAGCUCCCUCAUUAUAAAAAGGAAUAUAAAUAAAACUGUCUGUGCAGUUGAAAGGAUUGUUA